AUGAAUGCGCCAGGAAGCAAUGGUCCGGAAGUGACAGAUUAUAUCGACCACGCCAUGAUGGAGGCGGCCCUGAAGAGACAUUUGUCCUGUGGAACCAUCACCGUGGAGUCCAUCGCGGUGGAGCCGGCGAACAAGGCUGGCGCCGGCUACGGCAGCCAGAUGUCCAGGGUGAGGGUCGCCUUCAGGAAGGACGAGGAAGAGGCGACUCAGCAGCUGCCGUUGGUCGUGAAGGCAGACGUUAUCACGGCGGAGGAGAGGCAGAAGGGGGAGGUGAAGUGGGACAUAUUCAAGUUGGAGGCGCUGGUGCUGGCCGAGGUGAUACCCACAGCCCACGAGGCUCUGCGGCGGGUGGAGGGCGCGUCUUUCCGGCCACUGGCGGCCACGUGCCUGCACCACGGAGCCAAACCCAGGGGCUUCCUCGUGCUGGACGACCUGGUGGCGGCCGGCUAUCGACUGGCAGACGAUGGUCGACUUCUCGACUACCAGCACUGCGAGUUGGUGAUGCGAGCUUACGCGCGCCUCCACGCCGGCACAGCCCACGUGCUCAGCAAGCGCCCCGAUUACGGUACUCAACUCGAUAUGGAUUUCUUUUCUGGCGACGGCAUGCAGUUUAUAUUGCGGCCAAUGAUGCAAUGUAAUUUUUCUGCUAUCGCCGAUUUCGUGAAAAGGGUUCCCGGCUAUGAGCACUACGCGGACAAGUUUGCGGGACUCGCAGAUACAUUGUUGCCUUUAAUGACCGAGGCGUUGAAGAAAAAAGUGCAAGAUACUAAGCUUAAGGUGCUGGUUCAUGGCGACUGCUGGAAGAACAACAUGAUGUUCAAGUACUCAACAGGGGAGGUUGCUGAUGUACGGUUAGUAGAUUUUCAGCUGGUGCACGUGUCCAGCCCUGCACGCGACCUGGUGUACUUCCUGUCCGCAAAUGCUGGUGUGGACGUGCACGAGCGCCUGCCUUCGCUGCUAGAGACCUACCACUCACAGCUUCAGGCGUCGCUGCGCGCGCUUGGGAUGGCAGCUGCUGCGGACGCCUACCCGCUGGACGAACUGCUCAGGGACAUGGAGGACCUGAACCCCUUCGCCCUGUACACUUCCACAUUCUGCGGUGUCGUGGUCUCCUCGGAACACAUAGGAGAGAAAUACCAGCGAGCAUUGCGGGAACUCAAUUUUCAGCCGGACACGUUGUACGGUAUCUAUGACAACGAACACUGCCGGGCCUACAUACAGUACACCAUCCGCCACUUCGAGAGUAAGGGGCUCCUGUGA